GCAGGCGCAGUGCAGCGCUGGCACUGCGAGGACCCUUGGGUGGCUGAGGGACCGGAGGGGAGGUAAAGAGAGUUCCGAGCUCCGGCGCACGUGACCUGUAGGGGGCCAGCACCGGCCUCCCUCGGUAUCCCUGCCUGGCUCGGCGCUCACACCGCGCAAACUGGUCUGGCCCGAGUGCCGUGACCCCCGCUUGCGGCUCGAGGCUGCCUGUGCCGCGGCCCCACCGCACACCGCGCACCCCGCAGCCGCCGGUCCGCUGGAGAUAAAAUGUCAGAAACAAAAGUUUGGAGAGAAAGAGAGUGGAGUGGAGUGGCAGAGUACUUGGUAGUAUACAGACGGCCUUGUGUCUAUAUCCCCAGAACAGCAAAUUAAAUAAAUGAAUAGGAUUAGCUGACAGCCCGCAUUGCAUUCAUCUAAAAAUGAGUGUCUAUUUACAGGUUCUGUGAUACGGAAAGAAUGAUUUCUCUCCAUCUUUGAUACUGGAGAUUGAAUCCAGAAUCAUUAAAUGUUGCUGAAAUGCUGCUGAAAGGGCCAGAGAUGCAAGGAUUUGGGAUACAUUUUGAACCUUUAAGCUGUCUGACAUUGACCUCCUUUCAUUAGUAACAAAGAAGAAUCAGGAGCUUAGGACGUAUUAACACCAAUUCAUUAAUGUACUAGCUGGACAAUGUUCUGCAAACAAUUCUUCACUGUAAAGAACUGGAUUGGCACAAAAUAAGAUACUUUUUAUAUUUUACUCAGUUUGUAAUAUGACUCGAUGGAGGAAAAUUUAAUAAGCAUGAGGGAAGAUCAUUCUUUUCAUGUUCGUUACAGAAUGGAAGCUUCUUGCCUAGAGCUGGCUUUGGAAGGGGAACGACUGUGUAAAUCAGGAGACUGCCGUGCUGGUGUGUCAUUUUUCGAAGCAGCAGUGCAAGUUGGAACUGAAGAUCUAAAAACGCUUAGUGCUAUUUACAGCCAGCUGGGCAAUGCUUAUUUCUAUUUACAUGACUAUGCCAAAGCAUUAGAAUACCACCAUCAUGAUUUAACUCUUGCAAGGACUAUUGGAGACCAGUUGGGAGAAGCCAAAGCUAGUGGUAAUCUGGGAAACACCUUAAAAGUUCUUGGAAAUUUUGAUGAAGCCAUCGUUUGUUGUCAGCGACACCUAGAUAUUUCCAGACAGCUUAAUGACAAGGUGGGAGAAGCACGAGCACUUUACAAUCUUGGAAAUGUGUAUCAUGCAAAAGGGAAAAGUUUUGGCCACCCUGGUCCCCAGGAUGUUGGAGAAUUUCCCGAAGAAGUGAGGGACGCUCUGCAGGCAGCAGUGGACUUUUAUGAGGAAAAUCUAUCAUUAGUAACUGCUUUGGGAGACCGAGCAGCCCAAGGACGAGCGUUUGGAAAUCUCGGCAACACGCAUUACCUUCUUGGCAAUUUCAGGGACGCGGUUAUAGCUCAUGAGCAGCGUCUCCUUAUUGCAAAAGAAUUUGGAGAUAAAGCGGCUGAAAGAAGAGCAUACAGCAACCUUGGAAAUGCAUAUAUAUUUCUUGGUGAAUUUGAGACUGCUUCUGAAUAUUACAAGAAGACACUUCUGUUGGCUCGACAGCUUAAAGACAGAGCUGUUGAAGCUCAGUCUUGUUACAGUCUUGGAAACACAUACACUUUACUUCAAGACUAUGAGAAGGCCAUUGAUUAUCACCUGAAGCACUUAGCAAUUGCUCAAGAAUUAAAAGAUAGAAUUGGUGAAGGAAGAGCAUGUUGGAGCUUAGGAAAUGCAUACACAGCUCUAGGAAAUCAUGAUCAAGCAAUGCAUUUUGCUGAAAAACACUUGGAAAUUUCAAGAGAGGUUGGGGAUAAAAGUGGUGAACUAACAGCACGAUUGAAUCUCUCAGAUCUUCAAAUGGUUCUUGGUUUGAGCUACAGCACAAAUAAUUCUAUAAUGUCUGAAAAUAUUGAAAUUGAUAACAGUUUACAUGGUACACGCCCCAAAUUGGGACGCAGACACAGUAUGGAAAAUAUGGAACUCAUGAAGUUAACACCAGAAAAGGUACAAAACUGGAACAGUGAAAUUCUUGCUAAACAAAAGCCUGUCAUUGCCAAGCCUUCCGCAAAGCUACUCUUCGUCAACAGACUAAAGGGGAAAAAAUACAAAACCAAUUCCUUCACUAAAGUUCUCCAGGACGCCAGUAAUUCCAUUGACCAUAGAAUUCCGAAUUCUCAGAGGAAAAUCAGUGCAGACACCAUUGGAGAUGAAGGGUUCUUUGACCUAUUGAGCCGAUUCCAAAGCAGCAGGAUGGAUGACCAGAGGUGCUGCUUACAAGAGAAGCAGCGCCGCACAGCUGCCACGGCAGCUCCCUCCACUCCCCCCAAAACCAGGCUGAAAGCACCGUCUGUUUCUGUGGUGUCCCCCAACACAGAUGAGUUCUUAGACCUUCUUGCCAGCUCACAGAGCCGCCGUCUGGAUGACCAGAGGGCCAGCUUCAAUCAUUUGCCAGGGCUUCGUUUGACAAAAAACAACAAACACUCGGUACUUGACCACCUAAUGACAAAGGACAGCAAAGAGCCUGACGAGGACUUCUUUGACAUCCUUGUAAAGUGUCAAGGUUCCAGAUUAGAUGACCAAAGAUGUGCUCCUCCCCCUGCUGCCACGAAGGGGCCGACGGUACCAGAUGAAGACUUUUUUAGCCUUAUUUUAAGGUCUCAGGCUAAAAGAAUGGAUGAACAGAGAGUUCUGUUACAAAGAGAUCAAAACAGAGACAGUGAAUUUGGGCUGAAGGACCUUUUGCAAAAGCACUGCAGAGAAAUUCAAUCUAUUUUUUCCUCAAAAAGGAGAAUGGAUGGCACUCUCAUUCAGCUUAGAAUGACUUGGAAUGAUGUCAAUGCUUAACCUGCCACUUAACCUGCUGUAGGAGUGGCAAGGCGGCACCCUCUGCGGGCCGUUCGGCGGGCGCUCACUCGGUGCAGGGCGGAGGUGUCCUAUAAGGUGCUUGGGACUGCAAUGACUGCUUGGGACUGUGUUCUUUUGCAACUUUACUAGUUUUGUAAAGUAGGAAUUUAAAUGAAUCCUUGACUAGAAUUUAAGCCUCUCCCUGAGGUUUUAAAAAUUUUCAGAGACAAUAGCAUUUAAUAACACCUAAUCUUGGAUUUAGUGGGAAAUAACUCUUCAGUAAAAAUAUUGUACUUGACCCAUCUAAAAAUGUUAUAGUCUUAUUAAAAAAAAACUAGAUUUUUUUUCUUAAAAUCUAUUUUCAAUAUAUUUUUAGCAAGGCCAGUAUAAAAGAACUCAUUAAGAAAUAAAUUUCUUUUAGCAUGUUUGA